GUUAAAUGUAUGAGAAUCAGGCUGAGCAGCAGCUCGGAGAGGUCGGAGCGUUCAAUGAGCAAGUUGCCUUGCCUUGAAGAUGUGACAGGUCUAAAGGAUUUGAAGGUGUUGCAAGCCUCCCUUCAUGGGCAAUGCUGGAGCCAGCGUCUGGGCUGCUAGAGGCGUAUCUGCUCAUUUGGUUCUUCUUGCCACCUUGCUCAAAGUUCGUGGACUGUUUUCGAUCUUGAAGUUGCUUUAAGGACAAGAGUCGUUGGCAAUUUGCCUGCAAGGCGCAAGUGCCACAUUGGAAGACAGUGUGAGAGACCUGCAGUAUCCAAUCGUCAGCAAAAGUUUAUCAGCUACUGUAGUUUGCUUCUGACGGACAUUACUGGCACGCGCAACCAGUUCUCCAAGUAGGCAUGGACCACCCACACCCACUGGAGCCAUAUGACGUGACUGUGAGCAACCUCAUGAGAGAAACAAAGGUGGCUGAACUCAGGGAAUUGUUCACUGAGAUUGAUGGCCCAAUUGUUGACGUGCAAGUGAUCAACCGUGCCAAGAAUAGAUCUACAGCACGGAUAACUUUUGGAAAUGAGCGGACACGGCGAGCUGCUGUUGCCAACAUGGACAGGCUGAAGGUGCGUGGAAGAGCCAUACGCGUGGAGUACUGUGAAGCCAAUAACUGCUGCGAGGACUGCAUACAAACGGAGAGAUGGUGGACUUUGGAGUUUGAUGGAGCAUCCCGGGGCAACCCGGGGGAGGGAGGGGCGGGGGCAUUGCUGCUCUGUCCCUGUGGAGGAGUGCAUGAACGUGUGUCAGAGUAUCUAGGAGAUGACGUCACCAAUAAUCAGGCAGAGUACCACGGGCUCAUCGAGGGUCUGAAGGCGGCACAGCUACAUGGGGCGACCCACCUGGAAGUACGGGGAGACUCGGAGCUCGUCAUCAAGCAGAUGACCGCUUCGAUGGGCUGGAGUUCUAUUGGAUUCCCCGGGAAGAGAACACGGACGCCGAUCGAUUGGCCAAUGAAGCCAUUGACUCUACGUAGAGAUGCCCAUGCUUGCGAAGCUGAGCUGGUGUCACAGAGGGUUGGUUCCCGCCGAACACAUCUUCUGCAAGGCGUUAUAGAGAUCCAGUCGGAUGCUUUUGAGCGAAGGCUGUCCUCGUUGCGUCUGAAACACACAUUGUCCGCUUUCUGA